UAUUUGUAAUUUGAAGGAUCGUCCAAACUCCACCCAGUCCUCCACUUCAACUUCAUCUCUCUCGACCUCCAAAACCCUCCAUGAAAUCCUUACAGAACCACGGCCUCUCCAUCAAAACCUCUGCUCGCGUCCAAACACUCUCUCCCCAUCUCCCAAUUUCCAUUCCAUCUUCUUCCUCCAUCAGAAGAAUCCCUUCUCCUCCCAAACCUCUCCCAUCUCUCUCCUCAAACCUGCAGCCAAACUCCCUCAAACCAAAAAUCCCUAGUUUUCUUUCCAAUUUUUCUUCUUCUCAUCUUACAAAUUCACUCGAAACCAAACUUCUCUGCACCGAUUCUCCAUCUUCGUUCGAUCUCUUAGCCGCUCACUUACCCUUACUGGCCGCCGUGUCAUUUCCCUCACAUUGCUUUGCGGCUGGAACGGAGGGGAUGUCUUCUAAGAUCAGUGUAGAAUCGGUUCUUGCUUUCCUCGACGGUUUCUUUUAAAGAUAUCCAUACUUCGUCGCCAGCCUCGCUUUUGUUUGGCUUGUAGUCAUACCAUUAGCUCAAGAAUACCUGAAAAAGUACAAGUUUAUUUCUUCCAUUGAUGCCUUUCGCAAGCUCAGAGAUGAUCCUAGUUCUCAGCUGUUGGACAUAAGGAAGAAGCAAACUGUGGCUCAUUUGAGAACUCCGAAUUUGAAGAUAUUCAAUAAAGUUGCAGUGAAUCUAGAAUUUGUGGAAGGAUGUGAGGAGGAGUUUAUAAAGGAGGUACUGAAGAGCUUCCAAGAUCCUGGGAAUACAAUCCUAUGUGUGCUGGACAACUUUGAUGGAAAUUCUCUGAAAGUGGCCGAGCUCUUAUUUAAGAAUGGCUUCAAAGAAGCUUAUGCAAUUAAAGGUGGUCUACUAGGCAAGGAUGGAUGGCAGGGAAUUCAAGAAACUCUUCUACCUCCAUCUGUCCAUGUUUACCCCAAAUGGAAGAGCAAAAAUUCAGCUGAUGAAGAUGAUGAGAGCAGAAAAGGAAUUGAAGAGCAUGAUGAAAAUGGGAAGUUAUCAACUUCUUCCAACAUGAAUCAGGAAGUGAACCAAAAUGUUGAAAAUGGAUAUAUGAAAACCAUGAAAUCAUCUUCCCAAGCACAACAGAUCCAUGGAAGACCCCUGUCACCCUACCCGAAUUUCAGAGAUUUGAAGCCGCCAUCCUCACCGACUCCAUCCAAGCCUUGAGAAGUUUGGAACUGAGAAACCGGAUUGUACUAAAUUGUACCAUUCCUUCCCUUAUUUGCUAUUUAUAUGAUUUGUUGAUUUAAGUGUACAUUAUCCAGCGUCAAUGUCAGCCACACAAUGAAAGUAAUA